UCAAAGGACAGAAGAAAGGAGAGCACUCGUUUAAAAGAAGAAGGAAAUGAGCUGUUUAAGAAAGCAGAUUACGUUGAAGCUGAAAACGUCUAUUCUCAAGCUCUACAGAAAUGUCCAGCCUUUUACAAGAAAGACCGAUCUAUUCUUUUUUCCAACCGAGCAGCUGCUAGACUGAAACAGGUAAAGAAAUGCCUAGCUGCUGUUUUCUGCAGUGUUGCAAUUGAGCUAAAUCCUGACUAUGUCCGCGCCUUACUGAGGAGAGCUGAAUUAUAUGAGAAGACUGAAAAACUUGACGAGGCCUUAGCUGAUUACAAAUCUGUUCUGAAUCUAGAUACAUCAUGUCGCCAAGCCAGGGAAGCAUGCAUGCGCUUACCUAAACAGAUUGAUGAGAGGAAUGAGAAAAUGAAAGAAGAAAUGAUCAGUAAACUGAAGAGUUUGGGGGAUCUGGUUUUGAAGCCUUUUGGGUUGUCAACAAACAACUUCCAAGUCAAUCAGGAUGCAGAAACUGGAUCAUAUUCUGUCAACUUUGUUCAGAAUCAAAACAACAGAUGA